UACGCAACCACUCUCCAGUGGCAACAGAAGAGUUUCUCAGGGUGCGGUGCAGCGAGGCGCCGCAGACAAUCCUCCUCCAGACUGCAUCUACAAUAAUGGCGAUGGCUUACAAGAUGGCGACGACCGGGAUGUGGGUAACGGAUGAGUGCAGGAACUCAUUCAUGGCAUUGAAGUGGAAGAAGGUUCACCGGUACAUCGUGUUCAAGAUCGACGAAAGAUCGAGACUGGUGACCGUCGACAAGGUUGGUGGGCCCGCCGAGAGCUACGACGAUAUGGCUGCAUCCCUCCCAGAUGACGAUUGUCGAUAUGCCGUCUUUGACUUUGACUUCGUCACCGUUGAUAACUGCCGGAAGAGCAAGAUCUUUUUUAUUGCAUGGGCUCCGACGGCCUCAAGGAUAAGAGAGAAAAUGUUGUAUGCAACCUCCAAGGACGGGCUGAGGAGAGUGCUUGAUGGUGUUCACUACGAAGUUCAGGCCACGGAUCCCACAGAAAUGGGGAUUGAAGUAAUUAGAGACAGGGCCAAUAGAUAGAGAUGCAUGCAUGCAGAUUGCAGGUUGCUGGUUGUAGAUUGCAGAAAGAGGAAGAAGGAGGAGGAGAAGGGCAGCUAAUUAACCAAUUUGUUCCUCUUCAUUUUCAUAUUUAAUAACUUAAAUAUUUAUAUCAACGAUCAAUCGCAGUGCUGGAUGUCCUACUGUAACAGUUUUCCUUUCAGCUCCUUGAAUCUAAUGUUUCUUUUUUUUUUCUUUCUUCCUUUUAACACUGAUGUGAGCUGAUCCGCUGCUAACCUGUACAAAUAAGAUGUGUUGUAGCAUGUUUAAGCAAGUAGUCAAAAAGCACUUUCAAGCUUCUGCUCCUUUCCAA